AUGUGCAAAUCUGAGCAGAACCCGCAUCGCAGCUUCCUGGUGAAGCUGUCAGCGAUUGAGAUCUACAACGAGAUUGUCAGGGACCUUCUCAACCCCGACUCUGGGCCCCUCAGGCUCCUCGAUGAUCCCGAGAGAGGCACAGUGGUGGAGCGACUGACGGAAGUGGGCGUGGAGUCCAAGGGAGAGUUGCAGCAGCUGCUGGCGCAGUGUGCGGCGCACAGGGAGGUGGGCGAGACGUCCCUCAACGAUGCAAGCUCCAGGUCGCACCAGAUCAUUCGCCUGCUGGUGGAGAGCUGUCCCAAUGCAAUGUCACGAGCGGCACCACCUCCACCGCCUCCACCCGCCACAUCCGUGCCAGCAGACGCUGCUGCCGCCCAAAUGCUCUCCGCCUCACUGAACUUUGUGGACCUGGCGGGCAGUGAGAGGGCGUCUCAGACGCACGUGGCGGGCACACGCCUGAAGGAGGGCUGCCACAUCAACAGGAGCCUGCUCACCCUUGCUACCGUUAUUCGCAAGUUGAGCGCGGGCAGCAGGGCCAAGGCGGGGCACAUCCCCUACCGGGACUCGAAGCUCACGCGCAUCCUGCAGCAGUCGCUGGGGGGCAACGGGCGCACGGCCAUCAUCACGACCAUCAGCGCGGGCAGGACCCACCUGGACCAGACGCGCAACACCCUCACCGUUGCUCUGCCAAACCUCCACCCCUCUCCCCACCAGGUGGUGACGGACAGGGCGUUGGUGGAGCAGCUGCAGAGGGAGGUGGCGCGGCUGCUUCAUCCCCUUCACUUAUUUCCUGCCACCCCCCUCCCUUACCACGUCCUUUGCUCUCCCCCACCAGGUGGUGACGGAUCGAGCACUGGUGGAGCAGCUGCAGAGGGAGGUGGCGCGGCUGGAGGGCGAGAUGAGAAUGCGCCCGUCGCCAGAGCAGUUCCACCAGCAGGCUCUGCGCAUGCAGCAGGUACGAGGGGAGGAGGGAGGUGGCUGGAAGCGCAGCUGUCGCAGGCAGCGAGGCAGCAGAGCGAGGCACUGGCGCAGGUGCAGCACCUCACACACGCGCUCUCCGCUGCCUCCUCCUGCCACAGCCGAUCCAACGGCGGGUCCCAUGGCAGGCGAAUGGUGCACGCAGCCUGGCAAAGCGGCAAGGUGCACCCAGUCUCCAGCGUCAACGUCUCAGAAUCAUCUGACGAUGAGGCGGACGGCUGGGAUCGCUUCACGCCGACCUGCUUCCCGGCAUCCAAGCCGUUGGAUCUCGUCCUGCCCACGUGCUUCCCCGGUAGCUUCACCAGGCGACCCAGACCAAGCAAGCAGCAGAGGGAGAAGGACGCCACCUUUCAUGCCUCCGCUGCAGCUGCUGUUGCCACACAGGAGGUGGUGGAUGGGAAGGUAGUGCCAGGCGACGGGGUGGCGCAGCUGGCAGGUGGGCUGGUUGUGGGCGGCAGAUGGUUGUCCUCUAGUAACGGUGGCUGCGAUGCUGCAGGGGACGGCGGUCAUACCCGUGGGAUCUCCAGAUCGAGAUUUGCUAGCAGCAGCAGCAGCAUGGGAGGGAGGAGGGAGAGAGGCGAGGCUGGUGAGGCGGCCCUGGGGGUGAACGUGAGGGGAGGAGAGCAGCAGGCGCGUGCAACAAGGGGAAGGAUGACAUGGGAGGAGAGCACAAGAGCGAGGGAGGGAGAGCGGCAGUGCGAGCAGCACGAGGGAGGGGAAGCCGACGAGCGAGAGAUGAGCCAGAGGCGGUGCGGGAGGCUAGGCCGGGACAAGGGAGACUCGUUCGGAAGAGAGAGCGUGUCCCUCCAGUCCCUCCAUUCUCUCCAGUCACUCGAAGCGUGGGUGGCAGGGGACAGGGCGAGGGAGGGGAGGCGGCGGCGCAAGGCGGUGAGCGCCAAGGUGCUGGCGCUGAUGCAGGAGAUCCAGCGCCUGGAGAAGCUGCAGGACGCCCUGGGGGACGACGUGGGGCGCGCCAUGGGGGCCCUGCAGGGGGAGAUGGAGCGCAUGAGAGCCAGGCAGAACGGGCAGGCGCACGGGCACAGGCAGGGGCAUGGGCAGGGGCAGGGGCAGGGGCAGGGGCAUGGGCAGGGACAGGGGCAUGGGCAGGGACAGGGGCAUGGGCAGGGGCAGGGGCAGGGGCAGGGGCAGGAGAGUGAGAGUGUGUCAGAGGGAGGUGUUCAAACGCCCCUUAGUCACCUCUCUGGGAUCCUGACGCCCCCGUACCACUGCCUGUCUGGGCUCCUCACCCCCUCCUCCAACAUCUCCUCCUGCUACGCGUCUGGGCUGCUCACCCCCCUCUCUCACCAGCUCUCUGGCCUUCUCACUCCCUCUCUCGCCUCCCAGCCUGUGUCAGGCUGCUUGUCCGCUGCUGGUGGCGCUGCUGUCUUUGCUGCUGCCACUGCUGCCGCCACUGCUGCUGCCACUGCCACGGGGAGUGCAAGCCGGGGGGCUGCUUGUGGUGCUGCGAGCAGGGAUGGGGACGAAGGGGGGCGUGCCAGCUUGCUCCAGCUCCACGCAGAGCUCUCGAGGCUCACAGUGAGAGACGAGAAGGACGCGGAGCGAGCGAGCAACGGAGCUUCAGCUGCUGCACCUACUGCUGCUACUCCUGCUGAUGAUUCGGCCGAAAAAGCAGCUGCCGCUGCUGCAGAGGGAGUGAGGGAGCUUCAAGCUGCUGCUGACGCCGGGGUUGCAGGGAUGGGGUUUGACAUGGGGUGCUUUGCAGACCCCUCUGGAAUGACACGCUCCUCCUCCCAGGAUCUCCAGCGGAUGGAGUUUCUGUUCCAGUCGGCAGCCGAGGUAAACGUGGCGAGAAUCCGCACGUACGUGCUUGAACUGAAGGAGAUUGUAGCGAAGCUGCACUACCAGAAGCAGCUGCUGGUGAAGCAGGUGGUCGAGUUAGAGGCGGGUAGACUGGGCGAGGAGGAAGAGGAUGAGAUGGAGGAUGACGAGGAGGAGGAGGAGGAGGAUGACGAGGAGGAGGAGGAGGAGGAGGAGGAGGAGGAGGAGGAGGAGGAGGAGGAGGAGGAGGAGGAGGAGGAGGAGGACGAGGAGGGAGAGGGAGUGGGGGACAGGGUCUGGGGCAAUGAGGAGGAUCGAGGGAUGGGGAGAUCACAGGGGGGACGAGAGGCCAAUGGUAGAGAAAGAAGAGGGCGAUGGAACCGAACAGCUUCAGGGCAUGCUUCUGGAGCAGCGUGCAUUGAAACACCCGGCAACGCUCUUCCCCAACAGCAUCAGCCUAGCCUUUCCCCCUAUAUCAUUCCACACUUUGAAUCGGGGUUCAGGGAGGAAAUGAGGGAGACUGUGGUGCUGUGGGACCGCUGCCAGGUGUCGCUCAUCCGUCGCACGCAGCUGUUCCUCGUGCUGAUGCAAGGAGAGCCGUCGGAUCGGGUGUACCUGCAGGUGGAGAGGCGCCGGCUGCAGUGGCUCGUACAGCACCUGGGGGAAGAUGGGCAGGCCGCCAGGGAGAGGGAGUUAAGAAAGGAGAGGGAGUACCUAGCCCAGCGAAUGGCACAUUGCUUCACACUCCACCACCGCCUCGAGCUCUUCCGCCAAUGGGGCAUUGCCACGUCAUCGCGCCAACGCAAGCGCCAGCUGGUUGUGCUCCUGUGGAGCCGGCCGCUAGACGAGCGCCACGUGGAGGCUAGUGCACGGAUCGUGGGACGGCUGACUGGGUUGAUUGAAAGUAGCGUGGGGGAAGGAGGCUGGGAGAGAGGAGGUGGGGCUGGUUGGAAGGGAAGCGGAGGGAGGGAUGUGUUGAGACUGUGCAAGGAGAUGCUCGAAUUGCGGCUCAUUGUGCCCUCAGGAUAUCGAGGGCUCAUGCCAAAACGUCGGCGGAAAUGGUUUUGA